AGUUCUUGAAGGACGUAGAGCGAAAGAUAAAGAGAAAGCCUGGCAGCUGAAGGAAGUGGCUGAUAAUAUUCCAAAGAGGCUAGCUAGGUGCUCCAGAGCGCGAGAGAGGAGAUCACAAUACAGAUCAUGCAAAGAGUAGUGACCACGUGAAUUGAUGCUAAUUAAAGCCGUAUGUCAAAGUUCCGAGACUAUGCUGACUAGAUCAUGACAUGACCAGGUUGUUUCUGGAAAUUAAUCAGCUUAAAUCUGAUAUGAAGUUGAAGUAGUUCAAGUGUUUUGUUACGGGUGAUUCAUGAGCUCGGUACACUGACUUUCAACUUGAAAAAUCGAGCUUCUUAAAAAGUGUAAUUUUCUCAAAAAAAUGAUAUUGAUAGCUUUGGAGUGGGUCGGCCCUACGGCCACUAAGGGGAAAUCUGCCUAGUUAUGUAUCUACGCUCUUGAGCACCUCAUCAUGAUAUUCCAAAGAGGUGCUCAGGAGGAGGAUCAUAGACCUGCAGCUAUAUACGGAGUGUUAUCUUCUCAUGCAAUUAAUUAUCUCUUUUAGUGCUCAGAAAAAUAAUCCGUCUUACUUUUCUGAAAAAGAAGGAGACAAAUAAUCUGAAGUUUAAAAUAUCUAUUUAGAACAGUACUGUCCCUUCUAAUCUUUGCCAGGUUCCGUUCUGUGUGUUUGAUAUAUGACAAGUGAUCCUAUGAUAUGCAUGAUGUUUAUGUAGUUAGUAUGCAGCUACGACUCUGUGCCUGUUUUUCAUUGUUUCUCUCUUCUACAAUCUCGAACUGUCAUGCAUCCUAAGUUUAAAUAUGUUACAUUUGGUGUAGGCUGGUAUCAUUCUUCUUAAACGUGCAAGAUUGUUGAAUGUUUUAUCUUUUAGGCUUCUCUCUUUUUUUCUUUUUGUUUUUUUUUUGCUUGACUCCAUAACCCCUGUAUGAUUUCUAAUUAUUCGACGCUGCCAGCAGCACAAGGAGAGAUUAAUUUUUAAGAAAGCACAAGAAUUGAAGGAAAACCAUGGCCUUCAGUGGAAAGCUUUUGCAACCUCUGCCAGUACUUGGGGUACUGAUCGUGUUGAUUUUAGUAGCAACAGUAGCAUCUAUUCCAAACUCAACCUGCAACCGUAUGUGUGGAGAAGUUGAAAUCCCGUACCCAUUUGGAACAAGCGAUGGUUGUUACCUUGACUCGACAUUUCUCAUCACUUGUAACAACACAUUCCAUCCGCCAAAACCAUCUCUGGGCUCUGAUUUGUUUGUCCAGGACAUAUCAGUAUUGGAUGGUGAACUGCGAGUCUGGAACCCCGUAGCCAGUCUUUGUAAAGUCCUCAAAAAGGGCGCAUGCGUUGAACGGAGUGUUUACUCAAAAUGCUACGCUGACCAGGAGCCUAUUAGUAUAAGUGUCAACUACAGUACUGGCAACUCUUCCUCGUUCAAGCUGUCAAAUAUUUUUCGCAUCUCAAAUAAGAGGAACAAGAUCACUGCCGUGGGUUGUGGCGUUUAUUCGUUUAUUCAAGGUUCUGUGGAACAAAAUGGCUUCACUACCGGAUGCCUAUCACUCUGUAACUCCAAUGCCAGCGAUGUGGUUAACGGGUCAUGCUCUGGUAUUGGCUGUUGUCAAACUUCUAUCCCGAAAGGAGCGACCGAAUUUGAUCUAAGUGUUCGGAGCUUGAGCGAGUACAACACGAAAACUCUUGGCAUCGGUGAAUGUGCUUACGGCUUUAUAGUGGAUGAAAAAGCAUACAACUUUUCAUCCUCAGAUUUCGAAGCGUUAAAGCAUAGAGAGACUGUACCACUGGUGCUUGAUUGGGCAGUUGGAUAUGAGACAUGCGAAGAUGCUAAGAAAAAUAAGGAUAGCUACGCAUGUAAGGCAACGCAUAGUUAUUGUUACAAUUCCAACAACGGCCCUGGGUAUCGUUGCAAUUGCUCCGAUGGUUAUAAAGGGAACCCAUACCUCCCUGGUGGACCUGACAGUUGCCAAGAUAUCAACGAGUGCAUUUCGAAACCUUGCGCUGGUAAUGCAACAUGCAACAACACUGAUGGAAAUUACAAAUGUACUUGUCUACAUGGGUUCGAAGGAGAUGGGAGGAUGCCACCCGGAAUAGGUUGCAGACCUAAAUUAGAAAGCCAAUCUAGAAUUAUUCCUAUUGCACUCGGUAUUAGCAUUGGCCUCUUAGUGCUCCUCCUGGGAAGUUCUUUGGUAUAUUGGAUACUGCAGAAAAGAAAGCUCAUUAAACUCAAAGAGAAGUGGUUCCAACAAAAUGGUGGCCUAAUGUUACAGCAAAGGCUCCCAAAUCAAAUAGGAUCCAUGGAGACAAAAGUCUUUAGCACUGAAGAACUUGAGAAGGCAACCGACAAUUACAACAAGAGUCGAGUCCUUGGCCAAGGAGGCUACGGUGUUGUUUAUAAAGGAAUUUUGUCGGAUGAUAGAGUGGUUGCGAUUAAAAAGUCAAAAAUUGGGGAUCAAAGCCAAAUUGAGCAAUUCAUAAAUGAGGUGAUUGUGCUUACUCAAAUCAACCAUAGAAAUGUGGUUAAACUAUUAGGUUGUUGUUUGGAAACAGAAGUACCCAUGCUAGUCUAUGAAUUCAUCACAAAUGGAACACUUUCUGAUCAUCUUCAUGAUAAAAGCCGAUCUUCCUUACUCUCAUGGGACAAACGCCUUAAGAUAGCAACAGAAAGUGCAGGGGCCCUUGCAUACUUACAUUUUGAAGCUUCUAUGCCAAUUAUACACCGAGAUGUAAAAACUGCAAAUAUACUUUUGGAUGAAAACCACACAGCAAAAGUAUCAGAUUUUGGAGCUUCAAGACUUGUUCCUCUUGAUCAAACACAAUUAACUACUUUGGUGCAAGGAACAUUAGGAUACUUGGACCCUGAAUACUUUCAUACUAGUCAUCUAACAGAAAAAAGUGAUGUCUAUAGUUUUGGUGUUGUAUUAGCAGAGUUACUGACUGGUAAGAAAGUGAUUUCUUUGGAUAGGCCUGAAAGUGAGAGAAAUUUGGCAACAUACUUUGUUUCUAUGGUAAAAGAUGAUCGCUUAGCAGAAGUUCUUGAUGACAACAUUCAAAAUGGAAGUCAUAUCGAAGAACUAAAGAAAGUUGCUAAUGUUGCGAAAAGAUGCCUCAGCGUUAAAGGAGAUGAUAGGCCUAGUAUGAAGGAGGUGGCGGUGGAGCUCGAUGGACUGAGAGUUCAAGGAAAGAAGGCAAGGAAAGAGGCUAAUGUCAACACAGAAGAGAGAGAGUAUUUUCUUCAUCCAUCCACACACUCUUUAAGCAUUGAUGUUGGCGUUGGCUAUUCUUCCACAAGUACCAUUGAUAGCAUGGGAAAUCAAGUACUAAAACCAACAGAUGAUGGCAGAUAAUCCAUUAGUCCUUAAGCCACAAUCAACCAGCAUCUUCCUCCAAGUCAACGGAUGAUAGUAGAUUUCGGUCUCUUUGCAUGCAGUGUUCAAGUUUUCUCAAUAUAGAUCUUUUUGUAUGUUCUCUCAUGGUUUGCUAAUUUGUAUUAUUGGGAGCUUUUGUACGUACGAGUGAGCAAGUCCAGUAUAUUGCUCAUCAAUUAGGUGUGCGCUUUGAGCUGGGCCCUUUCAUCAUGUGUGUUCUAAGUUUUUAUUUGUGAAUUAUGGGUAGAUUAAUUAAUGUAACUUAAAUAUUAGUGUUUGGUGAGAAAAGAAUUUAUACUUUCA